AUGGAUGUUAAAAAUUCCUUUCUGAAUGGUGACUUACACGAUGAAGUCUACAUGGUUCCUCCUCUUGGGGAUGAUUUACAUGAAAUUGAAAUGUUGAAGUCAGAAUUAGCUUCUCAAUUUGAGAUGAAGGAUUUAGGUUCUCUGCGCUAUUUUCUAGGUAAUGAAGUUGCCUUUUCUCCAAAAGGUUAUCUUCUUUCUCAGUCAAAGUACACUGCUGACAUUAUUGAGCGUGCCCGCCUUACUGAUACUAGAGUUGUUGACACUCCCUUUGAGUUGAAUGUUCAAUAUUCUCCUUCUGACGACUCUCCUUUGGAAGAUCCUACUUUGUAUCAACCAUUGGUUGCAGUCUGUCAGUUUAUUGCUUCUCCUACUACUGUUUACUGGAUUGCUGUUCUUUGCAUUCUACAAUAUCUUCGGGGUACCAUCUUUCAGAGCCUACUACUGCCUUCUACCUCUUCUCUGGAGUUACAAGCUUACUGUGAUGCAGAUCAUGGUCGUGAUCCCACAAACUGA